UGCGUUCGCACCACACAAAUUUAAGUGUCUGUCUGGCCUGGCUCUGGCACUGGCAGACCAGCAGAAGUAGACACCGCUCUCUUGCCCUCGCUGUGGUGCAUUGAAAAAUGUCAUUUCAGUCUAAUUAGGCCUUCAAUUAUUGGUGUUAAAUUUCUGAGACGCCUGCUGUCGAAUCACAAUGGUGAUACAAAAAAUCUGCUGCAUCGGCGCCGGAUACGUCGGCGGACCGACCUGCUCUGUGAUGGCCCUGAAAUGCCCUGACAUUGAGAUCACAGUCGUUGACCUGAGUAAGGACCGCAUCGCGCAGUGGAAUUCCAACGAGAAACUUCCCAUUUUUGAGCCCGGUUUGAUGGAAAUUGUACAGCAGUGCCGGGGUCGGAAUCUCUUCUUUUCAACAGAUAUCGUGUCGGCGAUACGCAAAGCGGAUCUUAUUUUUAUUUCGGUGAACACUCCAACGAAGACUUUUGGCAUGGGAAAGGGAAGAGCAGCCGACUUGAAGUACGUGGAGGGAGCUGCUCGUAUGAUAGCUGAGAAUGCUGAAGGCAACAAGAUAGUGGUGGAAAAGAGCACGGUACCUGUCAGGGCAGCCGAGUCCAUCAUGAAUAUCUUGAAGGCCAACAACAAACCCAAUAGCUCUUACCAGAUUCUGUCGAAUCCAGAGUUUCUGGCUGAAGGUACUGCGGUUCAGGACUUGCUGCACGCGGACCGAGUGCUGAUCGGCGGCGAAGAGACUGCCGAAGGGCAAGAGGCGGUGCGACAGCUGUCGUGGGUCUACGAGCACUGGAUCCCCAGCUCCAAGGUCGUCACAAUGAACACUUGGUCAUCGGAGCUGUCUAAAUUGGCGGCCAACGCGUUCCUCGCCCAACGUAUCUCUAGUAUCAACUCACUGUCCGCGGUGUGCGAGGCCACCGGCGCUGACGUGUCCGAGGUGGCGCGUGCGGUCGGCCUGGACACGCGCAUCGGCCCCAAGUUCUUGCAGGCGUCAGUUGGUUUUGGUGGUAGCUGUUUCCAAAAGGACAUUUUGAACUUGGUUUACAUCUGCGAGUGCCUCAACCUGCCCCAUGUAGCUGCAUAUUGGCAGCAAGUGAUAGACAUGAAUGAGUAUCAGAAGUCACGGUUCGCGGAAAAAGUGGUUUCUUCUCUGUUCAACACUGUGACCGACAAGCGGAUAGCGGUGCUCGGCUUUGCAUUUAAGAAGAACACUGGAGACACUCGCGAAUCUCCCGCCAUCUACGUUUCUACGCACCUCCUGGCUGAAGGAGCGCACCUGCAUAUAUAUGACCCUAAGGUUGAGCCUCACCAGAUUGUUGACGACCUGAACAGCUCGACGAUGGACCCUGACAUUGUCAAUCGCAACGUUGUCAUCCACUCGGACGCGUACUCGGCAACAAAGAAUACUCACGCACUGAUUGUGUGCACCGAGUGGGAUGAGUUUGUUACUUUGGACUACGAGAAAAUUUACGCUGACAUGAUGAAGCCGGCUUACAUUUUUGACGGGAGAAAAAUAUUGGACCACGAUUUUCUACAGAACUUGGGCUUCCACGUGCAGACUAUUGGAAAGAAGAUGCACAGAGAUGUGGCGAGAGCCUGGGGCUGUCAGAACCACCAAAUGUAGCAUUUUUCAGAAUAUGGGAUGGCUGCUCUCUCUAUCUGAUUUACUUUUCAUCUUGUUCGCAAAUUCUUUCAAGAUUUUUUAUCGCUGCACAACAUUCGGGAUGAGCUAAUUAUUAAUAAAAUUUUAUAUUCAUUGUAUAA